AUGCCACCUCAGCCAAGCUUACGGAAGCCUCUCUCCACGUGCGGACUAGUCAAUAUUUUAUUGAGCUGGGGAGGCAUCGAUUCGCAUGUUACUGCCUCGCAGUCACAACCCAUGGAGCGUAACUCCAGACCCGAAGGGGAGUUAUUGGGGACUCCUAUCAGGUUACCGUCAGUUAGCAGCGCUGCAAUGGACCUGACGCCCACUGGAGAUAAAGCUGUUAAACGUUAUGCUGGUGUGGUCACUUGCUACCUGCCACAGAGAGAUGCCCUCACAGAGGAUGCUUCACCACCAAAGAAAGUGUGCUUGGAAUCCGCAACUAGGCGGGGUCCCCGGAAGCAUUUCCUGGACAGGUUCCUAGAAGGGUCAGCUGAGCGGGACCACUGGCUUAGAACGACAGCUAUUAAGGCUUCCCAUAGAUUCGUAGCAGACCUCGCGGAAGAUACGUUGGUGGAAGUAGAUGGGCCAGCAGACAUAUCCGGUGCCCAAAUUGGGGGUAAAAUGAAACGGAACUCUGUGAGUCCAGAGAACGAUGAUAGGAUCGAUGAUAGGAUCGAUGAUAGGAUCGAUGAUAGGAUCGAUGAUAGGAUCGAUGAUAGGAUCGAUGAUAGGAUCGAUGAUAGGAUCGAUGGUUCUAGUAUAAUCAAGGGUACACCUGCAUUUGUUCUCAUUCACCCUGAAGAAAAAGAAUGGGAGGUUGACAGUAAAUAUCUGGUAUGGGCAUAUGACGUAUUUCAUCAUGGCUGGCAGCAUCUAGUACCAUUCAAAAUAACGGAUUCAAUGUCAGUCUUCGGAUUGGCCGUUGCGGCUGCCAAGUGGGAAGCCGACCGAGCAAAUAGUACUGCCCCAAAUUGGAUCUUGACAACCAUUUCUUAUAACAGAAAAGGUACCGUUAAAUGGGAUGAUGCAGCUUUAGUCGCGUGGUUGGUACGAUCCAAAAGUGAUCGUAACGACGUUGGAUUUAGGAAUCAAUUAUCAUGUAGUAGUGGUAGUUGGUUUAUUCCGUUAAGUCAAGUUGAUGCCGCACUUAAUGAUGUUCUGGAUAGCUGGCCUUUAAACAUCGGAUUUGUCGACCACAUGCGCCGUUGGUGGAGACGGUGGAGACGAUCGAGACAGACAAAGUGUAAGGCUGAUGGGGAUAUGUCAGUGGCUGAGUUCGAGGGGCUUGUUCUGAAGAAGUUGGGUACCUUACGAGUGCCCUUGGAUCAAGUUGCAAAGGCGAGUCGCAGGAAUAUCCGAAGACAGAAAAUACAAGAGAGAGUGGCAGCAUUGGCCGGAAUAGGCAAUAGUGAUCCUGGACACACGUCGCUCAUCCAAACCAUCAUGAGUGACUCACCUCCAUCUCAUCUAGUUAAUAUUUCGGGAAAUAAGUUUCAGAUUGUCGCGGAGGGAGAGACUGAUUUGCGAAUUCAAUCACGCUACCUGGUUUGGGCAUACGACAUUCUGAAUCAUGACUGGCACGGUGGUGUCCUAACCCCUGUAUUGUCCCCUGAACUAUCCGUUUUCGGAUUAGCUCAGAAGGCUUGUGAAUGGGAAGCUAAGCAUGGACCUGUAUACACUUCCACGGCGAGCUGCUAUAACUGCGGUGAAGGAAAUAAGGCCCACCCUUCCUCGGUCACUUGUGAGAGGUGUGAACAGCCGUGGAGUCCAGAAGAGUUUUGGGAAUGGCUU